AUGGAAAACAUUUUCGGCUUCCCGUUUGAGCUCACGGUUGCGAUCUACGGCGUGAUCUUGGACGUCUACCUCUGCCUCGGCGCGUUCAUCAUUUUGAGUCUCUGGAUGCUCUCGCUCCAGUACCUCGAGGUCAACAAGACCGCCGGGUACCUCCUCCCGAUCGUCAAGGACGUCAUGGGCGACGUGUGGGACUUUCUCAUCUUCUACGGCGUCUUCCAGUGCGGCCUCACGUGCGCGUAUUACUUUAUCUUUCAGCAAAAGUCCGACAGCUACAAGACGCUCUGGGCCAGCUUCCGCGCGACGUACUUUGUCAUGUACGGCGAGAACGGCGUCGGUGACUUCAACGCCAAGGACGACGACACGAAGGAGCACCUGCUUCAAGGUCCGAUCAUGCACUUUGGCUUCAUUCUGCGCAUGUUCCACUGUGCGGUCAUGGUCGUGCUGCUUCUCAACUUGCUGCUUGCGAUGAUGAACAAGACGGUCGAUCGCAACUGGGCCAAGCUCCAGUCGCGGGCGCUGGCGAGCUACGCGCGCUGCGUGCUGCGCCUCGAGACGAUUCUUGGACACACGGAAGCCGACCGCGAUGCGAUGAACCGGAUCGUUUUUCAAAAGCAGUGGUUUGGCGAGCGCGCGCCGUUGAUUCGCGGCAACCAGCCCGCGCUCAACCCGAUCUUUGCCGAGACUGUGCCCAAGCAGAGCCUGACGCCAAGCACCGACAUCGACGAUCUUGAUGCGAUGCAGGAAGCCAAGGUUGCGGAUGCGACACUGCAGAGCGAAGCCGUCGCCAAGCAGCUGCAGGCGGCGAUGGUCGACAUUGACGCCAAGCUCGAGGCGAUGCGCGCCGCCUUGCAGCAAACAACGCCUUUGUAACGCGAGAUCCUUCUCCCAACCUUGCUUCGUGGUGUUGCCACGUAUUGGCG